GUGAGCUGAGUGGGGUAUCUCGCUUCAUCCAAUAUCUCUGGCUAACUGAUGUCAGCAGUUUAACGUCACAGUAAAUCGUGCGACUGGCGUUAAAUGGUAAAACUUUAAUUUGCAAUAACUGGUCUUCAGGUAGGCCUAUUACUUACACAGAUAUUGAUCGUUUGUGUUUGUUGGUAUAUUUGUUAUAGCUUGCUAUGUAACAACAGUUUGCUGUGCUAUUGCUGUCAUUAUCAACCAAUGCAAAGCCCGUCUGGACUUACAGGAAGAAUUGACGAAAGGUAUGGCGAAUCCGUUUAGGAUGUCCCGAGAACAGCUGGCUGUACAGUUGGCCAGGAAGUCCUUCCAGACUGGGAAGACCAAACCUCUGGAGUUCAGAGUCCAGCAGCUGAAGAGCCUGCACCGCUUCAUCACUGAGAGGAGGAAGGACAUCGCAGAUGCUGUCACAAAGGACCUCGGCAAGAGUGAACAUGGGACGGAGCUGUUUGAGAUGCUGGGACUGGAGGGAGAGAUCAACCUGGCUAUACAGAAACUGGCAGAGUGGGCAGCUCCUCGGCCAGUAGAGAAGAACCUCCUCACCAUAGCAGAUGAGGUUUAUGUGCAGCCGGAGCCUUUGGGAGUGGUGCUCAUCAUCGGGGCCUGGAACUACCCCUGGGCUGUUACCCUCCAGCCACUUGUUGGAGCGAUUGCUGCUGGUAAUGCAGCAGUAAUAAAGCCGUCUGAGGUCAGCUCUCACUCUGCCAAGGUCAUGGAUGAACUUCUCCCUCACUAUCUGGACAAAGAUCUGUACCCAGUGGUGACAGGUGGAGUGUCAGAGACCCAGGAGUUGCUGAAGCAGAGAUUUGACCACAUUUUCUACACAGGAAACAGCACAGUGGGUAAAUUGGUGAUGGCGGCUGCAGCUCGCCAUCUCACCCCAGUGACCCUGGAGCUGGGAGGAAAGAGCCCCUGCUACAUUGACAAAAACUGUGACAUAGCUGUUGCAUGUCGUCGCAUCACGUGGGGAAAGUUUGUCAACUGUGGUCAGACAUGCAUUGCUCCAGACUUUAUCCUGUGUGAAUCAUCCAUCCAGAGCCAAGUGGUAGAAGAGAUAAAGAAGUGCAUCAAGGAGUUUUACACGGAUAAUCCUGAAACCUUUGAGGAUUACGGACGCAUUAUUAACCAGCGGCACUUUAAGAGGAUCGUGGCUCUUAUGGAGGGGAGCACAGUUGCUGUUGGUGGAGACAGUGAUGAAUCCCAGUGCUACAUAGCCCCCACUGUGCUGAAGGACGUGACAGGAAAAUCCAAAGUGAUGAAGGAAGAGAUCUUUGGGCCACUGCUGCCCAUCAUCACAGUGAACGGUGUAGACGAGGCCAUUCAGUUUAUUAAUGAGAGAGAAAAACCUCUGGUUAUAUAUAUCUUCUCCCAUGACAACAAGCUGAUCAAAAGGAUGAUAGCUGAGACAUCCAGUGGAGCUCUGCUGGCUAAUGACUGUCUGGUACACUUUAGUGUAAGUGCUCUGCCCUUUGGAGGAGUUGGUAACAGUGGUAUGGGCUGUUACCACGGCCGACACAGCUUUGACCAGCUUAGCCACCUGCGCAGCUGUCUGAUCAAGCAGCUGAAGAUGGAAGGAGUCAACAACAUACGUUAUCCCCCUCACACAGCCAAAAAGCUGGGCUGGACUCGAUUCAUUCUGCUCAAGGAGGUCAAUGUGUGCAGGCUGCGGCGCAUGGCACUGCUGGCCACGUUAGCUGGCUUGGCCGCAUUUGUGGUGCAGGUAAAGGAACUAAAAUAUACCACACCAGUCAAAAGAGGAAUAAAAGGUUUUCUUUUGAUAUCGGCACUGUUUUGUUUUACACGUCUGUAGCUUCCUAAGAAGUUUUCUGGAAAACCGAUUUGGUUUAUGCAAGUCCAGUGAGUUGCGUUCAGUGUAUAAGUAGUUCUCUGUUUAUUGUUUGCAGUUAGGUUAUUGGUUAGUUGGCUUCGCCAAAGUUACGUGAUGUUAGUUUGCUAAUGCUGUUCUCAGAUGGAAUCUUGCACGCAACUAAACAUCCUCUGCACUAAUCCAGACAGUUUGCAACACAUAUCACAUUCACAUAGACUCAGUAACAAAUUUGCUUUCAACAGAGCUACACCCAAAGAGGCAACUCAAAGUCCUGCUUCUUUUCCUUUGUCUUUGUCCUGACCACACAGUCAGACAAACCCUCCCCCAACCUGAAGCCAGCUUUGAUUCAGACAUCUUGUAGUUCUCUGUUGUCAGCCACUUUGUUUUGUAGGCCAAACGGCCCUUUGAUUACCACACCCGCCUUUGUCUUUCUCCCUCUCUCUCUUGCACGCACACACACACACACACACACACACACACACACACACACACACACACACACACACCAAGCUUGUAUAUAGUUAGUUAGUUAGUUAGAAUUAGUGAGUUUGUUUUGCUUUGCUUCCUUUAUGAAUAAAUAUAUUUUUUUGGAAUUAUACCUGCUGUCUGUUUAAUGUUGCACAAGAGUGAAUGAAUAGUCAACUUCUGCUUUGUCAAGAACUCCAAAAUCCUUCAGGCUUUACUAUUAAAUGUGGUUAUUGUUGUUAAUUUAAUUAUUAAUCAAAAUUCCAAAUUGACAGUUUAGUGAACGUUAUGAGACUGAUAUCUUUCACUGGCUAUCAUUUUUUCCUUUUCGAGAAUGGUGCCCCACGAGGUGAUUUAAUGUUAAUUAAGUCACAUUAUUUAAUAUAAUUAAUGAUUAUUAUCAGUAAUUAUUAAUUAUUUCAGAUAGCCAAGAGAUCUAUUACGAGGUCAUGCCUGUGUUAAGGCUUAAGUCCCAACAAAUGGUGCCACUGUGUAAAACAUAGCACUGGUGCCUAGAUCACAACAAAUAGUAUCCCCUCUUUUACAGUAUCAGCAGUAGAUUCCCUACAUUUUUGGUGCCUCCGUGUGAUGCCCAGUAUUGUUCUCAACAUUUAUGGUGUUCCCCUGUGAGGCCUAUACUAUAAUUUACAACACUAUGUCCACUUGUUACAUUACCAAUCCUUGGAUGGAUGGAGGAAAGAGUCGCUUUGUGGUGUGCUGCUUUUGUUAGCAGGAAGUGGAAGGCUGGAGAGAGCUGUGGUCCCAGAAGCGGUCUUUGUUGUGUCCUUGGUUCCAAAGGUGCAGAUCCGAGGAAGCCGGUAGCUUGGGGUCUUUGCAGAGUUAGAUGUUGGGGUGCUAACUCAGCUUGGUUCUCCUUGUUGCCGGAAAGUUAGUUGCAAACCUUGUGUGUGGCACACUAACUUCUUUGGUCUCCAGGUUCUACUCUGUCUGACAUUAAGGUGAAGCUGUGAAAAUACUCUCAAUAUAGUAUGUGCUUAAAGUGAUAUUGAUUUCUUUAGGUGGAACUUUUUCAUGUGGCUAAAAUACAUUUUGUUGCUGACCCUGUCCACAGCAGUGCAUUACUUAGCUUCCAUGUCUGACCCAUCUGGCUUCUCCAAACUGGUGGCAGGCUGACUGACAUCUACUGUAUCGUAACACACUGACUAUGGAUAAGUAUCUCAUACAACCCCACUACAAAAAAAUCCAAACUGUCCCUGUAAGAUACAUCAGGUUUUAGAUACAAAACAAUAAUUGUUAGUAACAUCAAGUCACCGCAGGUUUUGGUUAAUGGUUAAUUUCAUGCCAUUUGUUGACCCUAAGAAAUCACCAGCCUUAACAUAAAAACUGAUGUCUUUCAGGAGGGAUUAGCUGCAGUGUUUUUGUGUGUGUUGAACCUGGUUCCACAUCUGCAGUGUUCUACCAUUGUUUGUGUGUGUUCAGUCAUUUAAGUUCCAGUGCUGGGUCCAGUCCAGAUUCAAGACCAGGAUCCUCCUUUAUUUAGCUGGAUCCUCAUUGUGCAUGCACACUUUGCACACAAGUUGCACUUGUUGCCAGUAAAGGUGAUUCUGAUUCUAAAAAAUCAAUUAGAAAUGCUGUUAACCUUCCUUCAAAUUAAUUAAUCCUAUACUUUUAUUUUUGCUUCAGAGGUGUAUGAAACAUCUGUGUUUGCUGUCUCAAUACAUAGCUGAAUGCAGGCUACCUCUGCCACUCUGACGUUCACACAAACCCCCAGCUAGGAUGCAAGCAUUCUGCACUUAAAAAAAAAGUGGCAAAAAGAGAAAGGUUAAUCCUUAAUGAUAUUUAACAAGGUAUAAGCUUCUAAAUAUUUCUCCACUGAGGUGGUGAAGCCAUGUGCUUUAUUGAAAUGAUGAACAAACAAAUGGAGAUACAGAUCCUUUCUCACAGAUGAACAUGUGUCAGCUGUGCUCUGCAUACACCAGAAAUGACACCUUGUUUUAGUGCCCUUCUCCAAGCGCGUCAGAGGUUUUAUUCCUCCCUCUAAGAUAGGUUGUUGUGUCGCAGAAAGCCUGUGUGUUGACUUGUACACUUGUGUUAGGCCAGUAAGUAAAAUGCAUUUGGGUAAUUCCACCUAAAUUCCACCUAAAGCCUAGAGAUGUAAUCUGGACUUUUUAUAAAGAUGCCUGAAUGGGUUUGAUCAAAAAUGUAUUAAUUCAAGUGAGAAAAAGAUUUUCCAUAGUUUUCAAAGUCCAGUAUAACAGGAGGGGUAAUUUUAUCCCUGAAAACUUAGUACUUAGUAUGUUGUUUUUUGUUUGUUAUAUUCGGAACAUUAUUUCUUUAAUUAGUACUGUAGGCUGGAAACUAUGUUUCAUUUUGUUUGAAUUGUUAUAAACCAGAAAUGAGUGCUUUAUGUAGAACCCAAUAUUUACUGUGAUAGUGCACAUAAAACACAUCUGCUAUGUCUGUCUGCCCCCUAAACCAUAACAGAUUUCUGAUGUUGCCCUCUGUAGAAAAUGAUUGCCCACCCCUGCCUUAGGCCUUAAAGGGAAAGUCCGGAUUUUUUGGGUCUGAGGUACAUAUCCAUAGACGGUGUAUUACAUACAGCAGAUGUAAG